CCUGCUGUCCUGAGGAGCUCGGUGAAGCGCGUGCUGCGCUGUAGUUCGGAGGCUCGUGCAGAGGACAGGGGGCAACAGGUGCCGCGUGAAGCCCGCGCGCGCGCCCGUCCCGCCCCGCUCCGUCCCGCGGGAGAUGGAGAAGAGCCCAGCGGAGGAUGAGCGCACCGAGCCGGGAGCCGAGACCGCGGGGUGAUUUAUCCAUGGGGGACCUACAGGACCCUUUUCUGGUGUCCAUUCACAUCAUUGCAGAUCCGGGUCAGGCCAGAAUGAUCCAGCGUGCUGCGGACCAGGUCCUGUCUUGGCUUCACCCAGAGCUUACACUCUUCAGGGUGUCAGAACGUGCAGCCGGGCCACCCAGGAGGUCCAAACUCUGGCAGCAGAACCCGGCGAACGGCCCGUCGCCCCAGCCCGCCCUCGCCGUCAUCCUGUUCCUGCAGGAGGAGUUUGGGGGUGAGGAGAGCCGGGAGAGCCUCUACGAUCACCUGAGACAACCACCGUGGUGCUACCACCACACAGAACGCGUGAAUGGGCGUGGUCUGCUGCCCCUCUCGUCCACCAGCCAGGAUUUCUUCACUCUGGCCCCGGGCACGCCGCUCUGGGCCCUCCGCCAGGUCCACUACGGCAAGGAGAUCGUCCGCUUCACCGUGUACUGCCGGUACGAAAGCUACGGCGAGCAGGUGCAGCUGUACCGGGUGCUGCUGCGCUGCAGGCUGGCGCAGAGGAAGGAGGACUUCUGCUUCUGUGUGGUUUAUGCCAACCGUGACCUGGAGAUCCAGCUGUCCUUCAAACGAAUGCCGAGGGGACAGAAACCCAUCCCCACAGAAUGUGCCAUCAUGGAGAUACGCGUGAGGGACGUGGGCGGGCUUGUACCCCUGUUGCCCCACCCCUGUACGCCCAUCAGUGAUGUGCGCUGGCAGACGGAGGAUUACGAUGGGAAUAGAAUACUGCUGCAGGUCGCAGGUCCCUGGAAGCAGCACAGACACUCCAACACCCACCACUCUCAGCCUCCUCCUAAUGACUCCGCCCCCUCCCCACCCACCUCGGAGCCCGCCCACUGCCCACCUUCCUACGGCCGAGGCCCUGCGUCUUAUCGGAACCGGCGCUGCCGCAGCUCCUCCCGCGCUCACGCUCAGAAGAACAGCUCCCCGCGAACACGGGCGUCCCAGACCUCGCUCCCGCUGCUGUGUGAGCAGGACGAUCCGGACCGAGUCCACAGAACCCCGACACAAACGACCAACACGGGACGCAUGGGCCCGCGCUCCUGCUCUACCUUCUCCCUACCGACUGAAGGAUUCGGUAACACAGGCUCCUCCCCUCCUGCCCCUCGGCCCCGCCCCCGCAGCUUAUCCUCGCUCGCUUUGCCUGUGUUCCGCAUUAAUGUAGACGCGCUGGUGGGGGCAGAGGAGACGGACGUGGACACCGGACAGGCCGUGAGCAGCGAUUCUAUCGAUCUGUCUGUGGUUUCUGCUUACCUGAGACCACAGACGCUCAAGCGUUCCAAAACCACUGGCUCACGGCCGCUCAUCACCCCUCUUCACCAGGACAGUAGUCACGACCUUAACCUGCAGCCUGAAAACACCUACCUGUCCCUGAAACGCCACGCCACGCCCCCCCAGACCAGCACAGUGUCCUCAGCAAUCACACCCAGCGCCGUUCACGAGCCGUUACCAAAGAACAGCUUCUCGUUACAGGCCCCGCCCCCUGCACCACAGGAUACUGACCAGCAUCAGAACAACGGCACCGGAGUACCAGACGCUUCCCAGGACGGCGUCGAGGAGGACGGCCAGGAGUUCUACAUCUGACGCUCGGUCACAAUCACAAAAAGGAGUAAAAACAUGUAUAUAGACUUCUUACCUAUAUGUUAAAUAUUACCAUGAACGUAAAGUAUCCAGGCCUGGAAUAAUCACAUAAUGAUUACACUAAAGUGGAUCAUACCAUUUCCUCUGAGAUAUCAUUCCUCUCCACUGCCUCAUUCAUGUACAGGGGUAGGACAAUGAAACUAAAACACCUGUCAUUUUAGUGUGGGAGGUUUCAUGGCUAAAUUGGAGCAGCCUGGUGGCCAAUCUUCAUUAAUUGCACAUUGCACCAGUAAGAGCAGAGUGUGAAGGUUCAAUUAUCAGGGUAAGAGCACAGCUUUGCUCAAAACUUUGCAAUGCACACAACAGAGUUCAAAAAAGGACAAAUUGUUGGUGCACGUCUUGCUGGCGCAUCUGUGACCAAGACAGCAUGUCUUUGUGAUGUAUCAAGAGCCACGGUAUCCAGGGUAAUUUCAGCAUACCACCAAGAAGGACAAACCACAUCCAACAGGAUUAACUGUGGAUGCUGUAAGAGGAAGCUGUCUGAAAGGGAGUGCUAACCCGGAUUGUAUCCAAAAAACAUCAAACCACGGCUGCCCAAAUCACGGCAGAAUUCAAUGUGCACCUCAACUCUUCUGUUUCCACCAGAACUGUCUGUCGGGACAAUAAAUUAUUGUUGUCUAAAACCAGGUGUUUCAGUUUCAUUAUCCAACCCCUGUAACUUCAUUAAGGUAGCACCUGCCCACCCUCUGCACAAUGCGAGAGAAGCUGCUAUCAAGCUUUCUUAAACACACUUUAUUACAUUUAAGAAAUCACUCACACCAAGGCUGGGUCCAGAAACCGCAAAACUUGCUCCUUUUUCCAACCAAUCCUCCUCCUCUCCACUGUCACUCGGAAACUGAUUGUGUGGUGCCAUGUUACCAUAUGUCCAAAUACCUAAUAAAAUGAUAAAAGACGCUUAAAAUCCAUCUACAAGAGGGUUCCAACAGAUGAUACACCAGAUUAUCCUUUUUUUUUUUUUUUUUUUUUUUACAUUUUUUUAGAGUGACAUCACUGUGGCCACACCCACAGGGCACACGAGCACAUUAUUUAAUGAAUGAAUGAUUUAUUUACCAAUGUAUUUUUGUGAAUUGUAUAUGUGUAGAAAUAAUUGUGUAUAAUGUAGAAAAAUCUUACAUGACUGUAGAAAAUUUAUAUUCACCUAUUAUGCACAAAUAAAUACAUAUAUAAAAUAAUGAAUACACAAGGCUUCCACUUUUAUCUAAUUGGCAAAUAUUUUAUACAUUUUCCGAAAUGUUGUGUUUUUUCUGCAAUGAACAGGAGUUUAAAUAUCUACUAUUAAUUAACACAGUUAAAAUGAUGAGCAUAUAUGUAGACUUUGCAGCAGCUGGGAUUGGCUGGGCAGUAUUAGGAGAGCUAAAAGCAAGCAUUGUGAUUGGCUCAAUUCAUCAGUAGUCCUAUCUGAAAGGGAUCCCUUUCUCCUCCAUUCCUCCACCUUCUUCUAGAGUAGAAGAGGAGGAGAAGCAAAUGUAUUUGAUGUAUUUACCUUUCCUCCCUUAAUGCUGCUGUGGCAACACACAGGCUUCAGGUUGAAGAUGCGUUUUUAAACUUAAUAUCUUUAUCUUUUAAGGUGUAAUUUAAAAUAAUUCACAAUCCAGGAUUAGUUUCAUGUGGACUUUUAGUCAUUUGGGCAAAAAGCAGAAAUACAUAUAACUCAUAAGCACUGAACAUCCACUGCAGACUGCAGAAUGUAACACAUGCGCCUUUUUAAGGUGGAAGGUAACUAUGUUUUAAGGUGGAAGGAAAGUGUGAACAGUAAACUAAAAGCUUAGUACUCUGGUAGCUACAGUAAACUCAAAUAUUCACCCAGUGAAUCAGUACACUGAUGUACAACUGAGAAGUUAAAAAUAUGUUUACUGGUAAAAAAUGAUUUAAAGUUUUAAGGCAACUAUUUACAGAUUUAGAUUUGUCUGACUAUAAAGGUCAUUGUGUGGUAUGUGCCACAUUAGCUGCUGUAAGGGGAUUUAUCCUUUACAUACUGUAGACAUUAGUUACAGUAAGCAAGAAAGACACUGUAAGAUUGUAAGACUUUAAUUCUGGACUGGUUUCCCUUUACAUCCUGAAUAAAAACUGCAAGGCUCAGUAAUGCAGUACUAGCUGUAAUGUGUGAAUUUCCUGGAAUUGGUCUUAAAAUCCGAAUUGUCCAAAAAAAAAAGUGUCUCACACUGCAAAUUAACCUGACCAUGAUUCAUCUGAUCCAGACUGAGAACAACUCUUUUGGUUUGAACCCAAACUGAAAAGUCAAGAGUUUUAAUGACUUUGUGUCAUUAAUGUCAUUGUAUUCUUUUUUUUUGUUGUUGUUGUUGUUAUAUUUGAUAUAUCAGCCUUGUUUAUUAUUUGUUUUUUUUUUUUUUUGUUUUUUUUGGAGCAAAGUAUAGUUAUUGUAUUUAAGUUUUAUUUAACUGGGUUAGUCCUGUCAGGGUAAAAUUACAGCUGUGUGAGAUGGUAUAGUUGUAUUUAAACAUAUUAUAAUGAAAGCUUUAAUAUUGUAAAUAUAUUGAGCAAUUUGUGUGGGUGUGUGUGUGCACUUUACUUGUGAAUAGCUUUUUUGUGUUUGUUUUUUUCUUUAAUUGAACAGAGAUGUUUGGACAUGAUUAUCUGUUGUCAAUAAUACAUCAUUUUUAUUAAAGUGUAAAUUAAAAGAAUGUGCUAUUACUUAUGAGACACUUGGUACUU